CCAUCCAUCUGUACACUCACAGAAACGGCGAAAUCGACAUUCAUCCCUUGAUAUGUCUACAAGGCCUGCAUCUUCCUGAUAACGUCUGUGGGGAUAUGGACGUGAGUCGCUGCUUUGUGAAUGCUGCAAGCUACGGAGAUCCGUACCAUAUACGCUGUGUCUUGAUUAAGACCUCAGGAGAUAAUAUUGAUAGGCAAGUAACGAUCCGAAGAUCAAUUUCUCGUGAUCCGCUUUCAGCUCGCACGGUCGCGGAGGUACAUGAUUGGUUAGAACACUGUGAAGAUGAGCGGAAUGGCUACCACAAGAUCUGCUCAUUGAGUGAGCGCGCGUAUGUUCCCACUCGCCUGAUCAGGGUAACAGGCCCUCAAGACAAGUUACGAUUGAAAAUCGUUCGUGGCGACGAUAUGGAGGAACAUGACAAGUCAAGAUAUGUGGCCCUGAGUUAUUGCUGGGGCGGAGAUCAAUCGAACAAGCUGACAGAAGAUAAUCAAGAUCUCUAUAAGAAGAACAUUCCUUGGGAAACUCUACCAAAGACCAUCCAGGAUGCUGCAAAAACAGUCCAGGCCCUGGGUUUCCGAUACAUCUGGAUCGAUUCGAUGUGCAUCGUUCAGGAUAGCAAGGAAGACAAGGAGGCUGAAAUCAGUCAAAUGACGAAAAUCUAUGCUCAUGCGACAUUAACGGUGGUCAACAAGAGGGGCGAUAGAGUAACUGAGGGCUUCCUGCAUCCCAGAACACUCCCCUCUGGAACCAGUUCUUUUCAAUUUGAAGCGGAGAACGGCCAAACAUAUCGUCUCACCUUGUUCUUUGAAGAUGCGUAUGAUCAGGAGGAGAAUAUAGCUAUAAACACACGAGGAUGGACUUUACAAGAACAUCUUCUUUCUCGUCGCCGGCUCAUUGUUGGUACGUGGUCAACAGAGUGGCACUGUCGAAGAGAAGAUGAUGAUCACGAAGAUGAUGAUCACAGAGAUGGCUGGAUCCCCAGCCACCGCGUGGGACCCUCAGCGGGUAUCCCCAUCACUAAAUCAGGUGGAAGCUGGGCAGGUCGUGGCCCUUUUGAGUCUAAAGAAGCCGAGUCUGUCUACACUAGUGACUUCCUAGACGCAGCUAUGUUCUUCUCGGUAAAUCCCGGAUAUCCAUCCGGGCAACUGGAAAAAUAUGUCGUCCAUAGUUCCUGGGAGGGAAUCGUUGAAUCUUACACUCUACGGUCUGUGACAGAAUCACAAGACAGAAUCUUUGCUAUAUCUGGCAUUGCUGAGAGGUUUGCAAGUUUUAUUCCAAAACGAUACAUAGCAGGUCUUUGGGAGGAUAUGAUGCCCGCGAGCUUGUUCUGGUCCAACCUUCAUCAGCCUACUGAUAGACCGGCCCAAUACCGAGGUCCAUCCUGGUCAUGGAUGUCAGUUGAUGGCCGAGUCAUACAUAAGGGAUGCCUUGACUGCAAAUGCGAGGUCCUUUCGAUCGAAUACAUGCCCAAGAGUGCUGAAGCUCUCUAUGGACCGGCGCGUAGUGCCACGCUUCAUAUCAAAGGCCCUGCUUUCAGUGUUGAAUGGCGAUACACAAGACAAGAUAGGCAGCUACAGGAAGACGGGCAGUUACAGAAAGAUCUGAGUGAGAUUAGAUGGCGCCCAGAAGGUAGCGACGAUCAUGAGGAUGUCCAUUUUCUAGAUGUAUCGUUGGACGCUCGAGAAAGGACAACAGUGUGGAAAGAGAUGAUCUUGUUAGCGUACAACACAUGGAACGAUGGAUGGCUGUCCACCUAUUCCUGCAUAUUGUUGAUCUGGGUAGACCAGAUUGUGGUCGACGAUAAGCCUCGACAUCGGUUUCGCAGAUUGGGAACAGCCGAGUAUUCGUAUUUCUCACCUCUUCCACAUGUCGAAAACUGGCCAGUAAGCUCCUACUACGUUAUCUGAUAAUGCUAUACAUCGCCAACUCGGUGUGUAAUACCUAUACCCGCCAAGAUCAGUCUCUUUUCGUCCACAUUACAAACGCAAGAAACUUGUUUAGAUGGCAGCUCGUUGUCGCAGUACCGGUCGGGAUGAUCAGGUAGAACCGUGU